CUGCAGCUUCACAAAGAGAAGAAGAGAACCACCGUAACGCUGCUUCUUCAUGUGAGGCCUUAGAUCCCGUUGCCGUCGGAAAGCAGUGAUGUGCACAGGACACAAAGUUCAGGCUUCAUGGCGAUGAAGCUGAGUGAAGAGAUGACAGAACGGAAAAUGUCCAGAUGACAACUGAUAACACAGUACAAAUAUGCUGACAUAGCAGAGAGCAUAGAGUGUUUGAUUGACAGCUCAACAACACACCCUUCCUCUUGCCGCCGGCCACUCACCGUCCGUCCAGCCAUGUUGUUUAGGAGGAAGCUGUGCGCUGCCAUGAUGAUUGCUGCCAUCCUCUUCCUCAUGCUCGCCAGUCAGAGCAUCCAGAGGAGACACUUUCUGCUUCUGUCCUUAGCCCUGCCCAUCAACUGGGCCACGCCCACCAGCAGGGAGACAGUAGUUGAAACCACGGCACCUCCCGCUGAUCCGACCCCUGACCCUCCCAGGACCUCCCCUCCUCCCUGCAGCACCCAACCUGAAGCCAAGGAGAGGCCUGUAGAGAACUUGUUAGAAGGCGUUGUAGAAGGGCGAAACCAAAAGCAGAGACGGUCGUGUGGUUGUACCAAAUCUUGUAUUUCAGACCUUGGGGGGUCAAAGUGGUUCAGCCAGCGCUAUGACCCCAAACAGCAGCCCAUCCUCCUCCGACACAACAACUUUGACCCUGAAGCACUGAAAUGGUGGCUGAGACUUCAGCGGUCGGAGAAGGACCGCACUAUAGAGGAAGUGAUGAUUGAUAUGUUCAAGGUGAUUUCCCCACCCACUGUGGACUCCACCCCCCCCUCCUCCCGUUGCCGUAGUUGCGCGGUGGUCGGCAACUCCGGCAACUUGCGGGAGUCGAAAAACGGCGACCUGAUCAACUCGCACCACUACGUCAUCCGGAUGAACAAGGCGGUGACUCGAGGAUUUGAGAAAGACGUUGGGAAUCGGACAACGCAUCACUUCCUGUACCCGGAGAGCGCGGUGGAUGUUGAUCAUGGCGUCAGCCUCGUCCUGUUGCCGUUCAAACUGAGAGACCUGGAGUGGCUGACCAGCGCGCUGUCCACCGGCCAAGUCAAAAUGUAGGAAAUAUAGAUCCAAAUACACUCCAAAUGUAGGAAAUAUAGAUCCAAAUACACUCCAAAUGUCCUGGUGGUCAACCCAGUGUUCUUUAAGUACGCUUACGAUCGUUGGACCGAGGGUCACGGUCGCUACCCGUCCACCGGCAUGCUGGCCAUCAUCUUCGCUCUGCACACCUGUGACCAGGUCUCGGUGUUUGGCUACGGCGCUGACGAGCAGGGGAACUGGCAUCACUACUGGGAGGCGAAUCGCUAUGCUGGAGCCUUCAGGAAGACCGGAGUCCACAGCGCCGACUUCGAAACCAAGAUCAUCCACCAGCUCGCCAAGGAGGGCAAGAUCAGUCUGCACCUGGGACGGAACCCAUAGACAAGCCUACGGACCUUCUGAUCUACAGACUGACCCACAUACAGACCGACAGAUGUGUUCGCCGGCCGACAGACAUGAAGACAGAUCUGUGGACUAACCCACAGAGAGACCAG